GGGGCUUCUAUGUGUUGUGACCAACAAGACAAAUUUCAGCAACUUGUGUUGAAUUCCUUUGGCAGUGUUUAUAUAGCUUCUUGUGAUGAAAUACCUUUCUGCUUCCUAUGUUUAGUUCUGCGCAGCUAAGUGUCAUGUCAGUUAAGAAGAGUGCAUCUUUUUGGAAGAGGUGUUUUUUGUGUCAUUUGCUUCCAAGAAUUAACUGGUUUAUUCCUGUCCUUUCCCUACCUUUGCUGUCGCUUCUAGAGCAGUUUGGAGAUCUAACUGGAUUGCUGAUCUUCGCCUGCCAGACGGAGCAGACAUUAAGUGCUAUAGAAGCAAAAAAGUUUGGCACUGGGAGGGUGAACAGGCAAUUUUAUAGAGUAACAGAAUCAUAAAAUCAUUAGGGUUGGAAACGUUCAUCCAGUCCAACUCAUCCCCACCGUGCCCACUAACCACGUCCCUCAUUGCCACAUCUUCAUGGUUCCUGAACACCUCCAGGCACAGUGACUGCACCACCUCCCUGGGCAGCCUGUGCCACUGCAUCGCUACUCCUUCUUAGAAGAUGUGGUUUCCUGAUAUCCAACCUGAAUCUCUCCUGGUGCAACUUAAGGCCAUUCCAUUUUGCCCUAUUGCUACUUACCUGAGAGAAGAGGCAACUUUUCUUCCAGUAUAGGCGCCCUAAGAGGGGCAUAUCUAAGAGCAGAAGUGGUGGGUUUGCAACAAAUGGGAGGAAGUAGGACUGUGUCCACGUAAGAUUUAAGAUAGAAUUCAGAUGCACAAAUGUUUGCUGGAAGAAGUUGUGGUUAGUAAGGGGAAAACCUAGUUUUAAGGGCGUAGUGUAGCUAGUUGAGAGUGACAUCCUGUGCUUGUGUUAGUUCUGUUUGUUACUGAGACACAAACUUCAGCCCAAGGUAGCGUGCUGGGCUGCAGGGGUGACUUUGGCCCAUCGUAGCUGCUGUUUGUUGUCACAGUUCUGUUUUGUUUGGAAGUUCAUUAACUGGGAGAAAAAUAACCUGAUAUUUUUUGCUUCUUGUUUGAAGAAGCUGAAUGAUUGCAACAGACGGUUUGGCACAGACCCUUGCUGUCCUGGAACGCUUGCUGUUCUUCAGUGGGAAAUGUGUGGGCAUUAGGAUGGGUAGGAACUUUUAUUGAUUUGAAGCAUGUUGAGAAAACAGUUCAUGUAAAUCCUUUGAGCCGUGAGGAACUUUGCUUUCUACGGUAGUCCCACGGUGUUGUCCACAAGAAGUCACUGGAGGCAGUGUAUUUGUUCUAUAACCUUUAUACCUGGGAGUUUUUCCCCUAAGGCUUGGGGUGUCCAGCUGCUCUCUAGGCACACAGACCUGAGUGUGUUGUCUUCUGUGCCUGGAGCUUUUUGCCUCACAGCCACAACUGAGAUCAAAACCCUGCGUCACGUGCAUGCGAAGUCACUGUGGUUAUCCACUGCGAAGUGUAUUGCACAACACAAAACAUGAAAUCUGGAUGAGUAGCUCUGUUUCUGGCAGCUACAAUAUUUGUGCAGCUGCUCCCACAGACUUUCCUCUUUUUUUUUCUCCCCUCCUCUAGUUUCUUUUAAGCAUUAAGAUAAAUAAAGGUGUCAGAAGACCUAUUUUGGGGAUUGGAGGUAGUGAUGCAACUGUUUUUUUUUUUUCUUAAGGACUGUGAGUUCUUAGGCUUGCAAGUGAAAAGCCUGCUGAGGUUCUGCAUUUAGCAGAGCUGAAAGGAGUCUCCUAGAAUGUGAGAUGUGCAGAUGGGCUUUGGUGUUAUGGCGCUCUCCGGAGUAGCGGGGAGCUUAAUCAUCAGCAUUGCUGGAGCCCACGGUGUUUUGAUCUGAGUAAUCUUGAUGUGAAGUUUGUUGAGUAUAGAAGUGAAUGGGAGAAGUCCUGCUCAAAAAGCUUAAUUCCAUGUGAGCUCUGAAGUUUGGCCAAAAACCAAGUUUUGGAAAGAAAACGUAGUAGUGACGCUGCCUUGCAAAUUAAUAACUGUUGUAAGGCUAGGAGCUAGUUUUCUUUAUCCGUACAGGAAAAUAGCCUUCAGUAUUUGCUGUGUAAGACAGGUUUACUUGCAGUGCUGUUCCUUCUACUAUUUAUUUUUGUAAAUAGCAAAAGCACACAGUUUUGUUGUAUGGCGGUCCGAAGACUUGAAAGUUGCAUUUAAAAUGCAGUUUAGGUAAAAGUCAAUGAAUUCACCUGAAAGUAAGCAAUUAUUAACGUGGAGAAGGACUCCCAACUGUUAUGAAACAUGUCCUCAUUACUGUAGGGUUUGUGAAGCUUGAAGCCCAAACUGCUGAAAUAAUUAAAUACAAGAGAUGUCAGCUUGCUUUAGUUUGUAGCAGCUAUGGGCUUAGAUGCUCAACCCUGAAUGUUAAAAAAGAAAAAAUAGGGGGGAACAAAAAAGCAGAUGGAGAGUGGUAAUCGAAACCAUGUGAUUCCAAGUGAGUUCAGUGGCUCACGUGCCUUCACUCCGUGCAGGAGCACGGUUCAGGGGAGAUAGCUGUAUAAUAUGAAGCCAUCACCAUUUAUCUGUUUGUAAGCAAAAGGGACUAGGUGCUUUUGGGUUGCUCUAUUAUCUGUAUAAGCUUGUCUGUAUGAAGAAAUCAGAACGGGCUUUGUGUAAGCUAGCAUAAGUGGGAAGGCACUGUUAGUUUAGAUAGUAAUGCAGGAGUAAAUGGGUAUAGGCUGUCCAUGAGUGAACUGGGGUGUGAAACAAAGGUUUCUUGCAGUCAGGAAUUCCUGGCUGGGGACUGUGGGGGUGCAGUGUGGGGAAAUACUACAGCAGCUGUUUCGACAGUGCUUUUUCAUUCUGGAAGUAACCAUGGGGCUGGCUUCAGAAGCUGUGUUUAAUGAUUUGGAAGGUUGUGCUCUAUGUGCAUAAACUGAUGUGAAAGAGCAGAAUAGUCCCUUACCACGGGAAUACUUCAUAUGUGUUACAUGAUGUGCCAGGAUGAAAAUGCAAUCAGCAGCAAACCCCUAUCUUGCUCGCGGUAGGAUCUUUUUCAUUAUUUUCCCUCUGAGGGUUCUGUUCUGCAGCAAGUCAACCGUGAGUUUGCAUCUGGGAACCUGACUAAUUCUGAAGAAUUUACUAUAUCCCAACACUGAUGUUGCAAGCAAUUCUGUUUGCUUGCUGUGGCAAUUCAACUCUGAUCUGGUCAGCUGUUACCUAGGCUCUACAACAACGCAGCAUCAGCUGUGGUGCUGCCCUUUGCUGUGCGGGACUCACACUGGGAAGGGACUGAAGCAGCCAGUUGAGUGUGCGCCGCAUGGCACGUUCAGUGUCAAGACUAUUUAUCACAUAACGAGAUUAAGCUUUCAUGCAGCAGAGCUGUACAAUGCAGGCUCACAGCUCCCGAUACCUGCCCUUGGCAACUGGAGAACUGCAGAACAGGAGUUUAGCAUCAGGGUGAUCCUCUGCUAGCAUCAGGAAAAACAAUUCUAAAUGCCGAGGCUCCCGUCAGAUGUCUGUACCUUAUUUGAUGUUGUCACUCCUGGGACACUGCUUCGGAGGUAUUCAUCGCCCGGUGUGAGCAGAAAGGCUUUGAGACGAGAGUUGCUCAGAUCCAGUAUGGAUGAACACAACGGCUCUGCAGAGAUGCCCUCAGUGAGCCAAGGGCGGCACGGCACCAUCAAGUGUGGAUGGCUGCGAAAGCAAGGGGGCUUCGUCAAGACCUGGCACACACGCUGGUUUGUCCUCAAAGGGGACCAGCUUUAUUAUUUUAAAGAUGAAGAUGAAAUCAAGCCACUGGGUGCUAUCUUUCUGCCUGGCAACAGAGUAAUUGAGCACCCCUGCAAUGAAGAGAGUCCAGGAAAGUUCCUUUUUGAAGUUGUACCAGGAGGAGACCGAGAGCGGAUGACAGCUAAUCAUGAGACGUAUCUUCUUAUGGCGAGCACGCAGAAUGACAUGGAGGAUUGGGUGAAGUCCAUCCGCAGGGUUAUAUGGGCGCCGUUUGGAGGAGGUAUUUUUGGCCAGAAGUUAGAAGACACUGUCCGAUAUGAGAAGCGAUAUGGGAACCGCCUGGCUCCCAUGCUGGUGGAGCAGUGCGUGGAUUUCAUCCGCCAGCGGGGGCUGAAGGAAGAAGGCCUCUUUCGACUGCCUGGGCAGGCUAAUCUUGUCAAGGAGCUCCAGGAUGCAUUUGACUGUGGAGAGAAACCUUCUUUUGACAGCAAUACAGAUGUGCACACGGUGGCGUCGCUGCUGAAGCUGUACCUAAGGGAACUCCCAGAGCCAGUCAUACCAUAUGCAAAAUAUGACGAUUUCCUUUCCUGUGCCAAAAUGCUCAGCAAGGAAGAAGAAAUGGGCCUGAUAGAAUUAGUGAAGCAAGUGAAGAGCCUGCCGGCUGUCAAUUAUAAUCUGCUGAAAUACAUCUGUAGAUUCCUGGAUGAAGUCCAGUCUUAUUCAGGCAUAAACAAAAUGAGCGUGCAAAAUCUGGCUACUGUUUUUGGCCCCAACAUUCUCCGCCCUAAAGUGGAAGAUCCUUUGACUAUCAUGGAGGGUACAGUAGUAGUCCAGCAGUUAAUGUCAGUGAUGAUAAGCAAACAUGAAGAGCUGUUUCCCAAGGAUGCAGACCCUGAGGUGGGACCCGAGGUGUGCAACAAUAACAAUGAAAUGCCAAAGAAAGCAAUUGUUGGACAGCUACAAAACAAAGAGAACAACAACACCAAGGAGACAGCAGUGAGGCGCUGCUCUUGGGAUAAACCUGAGUCUCCCCAAAGGGGAAGCAUGGACAAUGAAUCUCCAACUGCGCUGCCAGGCAGCAAGACCAGUAGCCCCAGGAACAGUGUCCAGAAAUUAGAUGUCACCAGAAGCCCACCACUCAUGGUGAAAAAAAAUCCUGCUUUUAAUAAAGGCAGCGGCAUAGUCACCAAUGGAUCAUUCAGCAGCUCUGUGGAGAGCCAUGAGAAGAGCCAGACCUUACCAACCUGUACCAUGCAAGCCAGGAGAACAUCUUCCCUGAAAGGAGCGGUGACUAAGAUGGGCACACAAAGCAUGCAGAAUGGAGGUGUGAGGAUGGGAGUUUCUAGCACCGACGGGCUCACCAACACCCUCAGCAACCGAAGCCCGGGCUGGGCACCCAAUGGCAGUGUCACGCUGAGGGACAACAAGCAGAAGGAAUCAGUGAGUGAGUCAGGUCAGCACAACAGGCUCUCCACCUAUGACAAUGUCCACCAGCAGUUCUCCACGGUGAACUCUGAUGACAAACAGAGUGUGGACAGUGCUACCUGGUCAACGUCCUCCUGUGAAAUAUCCCUCCCUGAGCAUUCUAACUCCUGUCGUUCAUCCACCACCACCUGCCCCGAGCAGGACUUCUUUGCGGGUAACUUUGAAGACUCUGUGCUGGAUGGACCACCACAGGAAGACCUCUCUAACACGGGUGACUAUGAGAACAAAAGUGACAGAAGGAGUGUGGGGGGCCACAGCAGCAGAGCCACCAGCAGCAGUGAUAACAGUGAAACGUUCGUUGCCAACAGUACUAACAAUCAUAGCGCUUUGCACAGCCUGGUGUCCAGCUUGAAGCAAGAGAUGGCCAAACAAAAACUCGAGUAUGAGACAAGGAUAAAAAGCUUGGAACAGAGAAAUCUCACCCUGGAGACAGAGAUGAUAGCCCUGCAUGAAGAGCUGGAUCAAGAGCGGAAGAAGUUCACAAUGGUAGAAAUCAAAAUGCGUAAUGCAGAACGGGCCAAAGAGGAUGCAGAGAAGAGGAACGACAUGCUGCAGAAGGAAAUGGAGCAGUUUUUCUCUACUUUUGGAGAACUGACAGUGGAGCCUCGCCGACCAGAAAGGGGCAACACCAUCUGGAUCCAGUGAGCAUUGGAGGCUUUGACUGGGGGACGCUGGGGAAGGGCUUAGGGGUAUUAUACUGCGUCAGGUGGCUGGUCACCUGUCAGUCUGAGGCUAGCACUCAACAUAAUGUUAUAGACUCUUGAAGGAAGAAAUUGUACGUAUGUUAACCACUCAUAUCUACAGUGUGUACUUAUCAAGUCAUACUCUUUGGAUGCUUCAUGAGACUACUGUCAAGUGUUACAACUGGAUAUGUGUAUAUAAAUUUUAAAAACAAAACCAUCUUAGAGAGUGAGAGAUGUAUCUCAAGAAAUAUUUUAAUUCAAGUCUUGUAUUUAAACUGGUAAAUUGAAAUGUUGUUGCAAUCAAGCUUUAUAUCAAGGCUUUUCUCCCUUGCACUUAACAUAAUAAGCUAUUUUUGGCAUUGUGUUACCAUCAGCUUAUUUUGUAUAUUAAAUGUUGUUUUAUUGUUUUGUUCCCCCCUCUUGCUGGGGAGUGAAGAUAAACAGAUACGUAAAGGUAUGCGUGCCAAUGGUUAGCACUGAUCUGCGUCGCCUUUAAAAAAGAGAGCUGGAUAAGAAGAAGGAGCAUGCUGGGGAUGGCAAAUGGGGCAUUUAUUUAAGAGAACUGAUGACCUGAAUAGAAAUUACCAGAGCUCUCAUAUCAAAUACCCUGUAAGGAUAUCACCAACACUGAGCAGUUACUAUUCAAAGGAUAGAGAGGUGCCUGUUUGAGAGGAAAUGUAGGUGGUAAAGAGGAAGAAGUUGGGAGAAGGGGCAACUCAAAGAGAAGUUGAUUGAUAGAGCCAGAGUUUUUUGCAGUACCCUAGCACAUCCCUGUGGUCACUGCAGCUCAGAACAGGGAUAUAAACCUUGCUCUGACCACUGUUAUGUCUGAUUUACCUCAGCACCACAGCAGAACUGAGUCCUUUCUGUAUGGCUGGCAAAGGGACACUGUACAUCUUGACUGCCUUAGCAGUGUGAUGGGUGCUAAGCAAAACAAAACACAGACCUGCAGAACUGAUGAGCAGAGGGGAAAUUAGCAAGACAACUGAAUUACAAGCUGCAAAUAAGGAAGAACAUGUUAACCACCCAUAUUUACAGUGCAUUUUGGCCAGCUAAGCUUUCUGAGUUGAGACUUCUGUCAAGUGUUAAGCUGUGGAAACUCCCAGGAUCAUAAUGUAAACAAGCGAACAGCCAGAGGAGCUGCCUGGAGCCUAACAGCAUGCAGAGUGACGACAAAAAGCAGCCAAGCUGUGCAGUGAAAGGCCAGCCUAUUGGAAAUGUAUGCAUAGUAGGUGUAACUGAUGUUUCCUAUACCACAUCCACAAAAUCUUCUUAUGUUUUUAUAUUUGUGUUUAGGGCUGUGAGUUGUAUUUUCAGAGGGUGUUAAGACAUCUUGGAUUCCCUCUACCGUCACUCAAAUGUGUUGCAAUUAUUGUUGAACCCCAAAUGAGAUCUAAGAAUGUAUCCUCAAAGAGAUGCUCUCUGUAGCGUGUACAUUAGAUAAAUAUUAAUUAGAUGUGGUAAAUGUACAGGGAAACAAAUAUGAGGUUUACAUUUCAGAGAACUAACAACUUAGAAUGGAGGAUUACACAUGGUGUUUAUGGAACAAUUAUCCAUGUUAUGUUGGGUUCAGAGGCCCCAGUUAGGAUGGUAAUUACUGUAAACAUGUCUAGUGCACAUCCAAUCUGGAUGUAGAUGAGAAUAAGUAAGACAGAAAUCGAGGUAAUAGGAAGGAGAAUGUUUUGUGUUGGCUAGCCACAACCAUGAAUGUUGGCACAAAUAGUGAGAGAAGGAAACUGUUUUCCUGUGUUAAUUCUGAUUUUUAAAUUGAAUGAGAAAGACGUUGUAUCUGAUGUGGUUGGCCUCACAGUCAGCUGAGGCUCUUGUUUAGCCCUGCUCAUUUUGAUGCUGGUUCCUUGAUAAGUUUGGAACCUUUCUUACUGCUGCUGUGAUCUACUCCUGUACUCUACUUUUUAGUGUUCCUAUUGCUCAGCUCAUGCCAUGGUGAUCUGUUUCCUGGAGCUGAACCUGCACAGAACUUUUCUUUGGCUUAGCUUUCUUGUGGUUGAGGUCCCUGUACUGGUUCAAUAAAAUAUCAGACAAGUUCA